AUGUCCCAGUAUGAACUACUUGAUGUCGACCCCGAAAGCGAUCUCCAAUUUGUACGGGAUGAUAGCCCCUGGCCGAUAGUUCUCAAGUCUUUCAACCCCCUCAAGAGUCUCAUAGAUUUGAGUACUAGAUCAUCUUCAGUGGCAAUUCUUUUGAACGUGGUGGCGGCAGCGGGCUUGGUUGCGAUGGAUCAGCAUGCGCGGCUUAAGGACAGGAGAAUCACUUUUGAUGAACAGAGGCAUCAUUUUGGCCAGAGCCAAGUGGACACACUCCGUGAAGCCACUAGCACUUUUGCAGAAGAUGAUUGGUUAUUAUGA